AUGGCGGCGACGGCGGCAAAUUUUCAUACUUUUCUGGCAAUUCUUUUGCUGUUGAUACCCAUAGCAGCAAAAGGAAAUAGUAUUUUCCCUCCUUUUAUUGACAACAUAUGUGAAGAAGUGCAAUGUGGAAAAGGAACUUGCGAGGCAAAUCAGAGCUAUCCUUUUAGCUUCAGAUGCAACUGCGAGAAUGGUUGGAAGCGCACGCGUCUUGAGAGUGAACAAGAUCUUGAAUACCUUCCUUGCAUCAUUCCCGAUUGCUCCCUUGACUACUCGUGCAUGCCGGCAGCGUCACCACUUCCACCGGUUCCCUACAAUAUAUCUUUCUUUGACCCAUGUUAUUGGAUCUACUGCGGGGAAGGGACGUGCACGAAGAAUAAAACAUAUACGCACACAUGCCAGUGCAACAGCGGCUCUAGUAAUUUGCUCAAUAUCUCGGCCUUUCCAUGCUACAACGAUUGUGCCAUUGGAUCUGAUUGUCAAAGGCUAGGAAUUCAGACCUCCCGCUCCACUUCCAGCCCAUCUUCAAAUAAUAAUAAUGACAAUAAUCAAGCGACGUCGUUUUUGCCGGGGGAGUUCACCUGGAUAACGAUUUUGCUUAUAUCCGCUAUUAUGGCUUUUUAUAAGUAA